AUGAAUUGUCGGUUUCGACGGAGUUUGAUGGAGGAGGAGGCGGCUGUGCCGAAGAAACCACGUCUUCAGCCGGCGGAAGCGCCGAGGUUGUCGUCGAAUGCGGCCUCGAUUUUCGCCGAACAUUACUUGCUGCAUUUGUCACACAUGGUUGGACGUCCAUUCCCAGAGGUGGAGAUGACCAGGGCUCUGCGUUUGGUGGUAUGCUCUUUUUUGAAUGCUUUUUUUGAAUGUUUAGGUAUGUGGUAGAUAAUAUGUUGAAUAUAUCGUGGAUGUUUGCACACAGCGUAGUUGUUUGAUGAAUUCCAUGUAAACUGAGGGUCGUUUCAAAGUUUUAGGGGUGGUUCGGGUGACGUCGAAGCCAAAUUUAGACCAGUUGGCCGGGAUAAGACAAUUUAGGUAAUACUGUAAAAUUUUUGGAAAAUUUUGGUGGUUUGCCAUUUUAAUUAGGAAGUUUAUUGUCUGUGAUCUUUUAUAUAGCCUGCUUUGCUCGUGUUUCGACUUUUUUGACCAGUUUUGUCAUGUACAAUUUAAUUUUUGUCUACUGUUAAAUAAAUUUUGAUGUUUUUGUUGAGGGUUUUGUCAGAAAAGUUUAUAAAUGGUAUAAUAGGAGAGUUAUUGACUUGUUUGAUGGUAUUUCAUUUUUGAAAUCAUUAAUUUUCCCCGAUUUCAGGCCAUUUCGAAGCCUUUUGCCGAAGCCACACAACAAACCCACAAGAAUCAAAUCGUAGUCCUCGCCUUUCACAGUGACCGUGUUGGAGUGAUCUCAGUGGCGGCUCGUCGUCAAGUUAUCAGCGAAAUCCCCCUCAAAUAUCAAUUGCAAGGUGUGGAAGCGACGAAAAGAUUCCUAACUUUGGUCUUCCCGAAACAAAUGGAUGUGGCCAUAAUUUUUUGCAACGAGGGAAGUGAAUUCUCGCCCAAGGAGUUCACAAAUAUGACUCGAUUUUUGAUGAGUAAGCGUUUAUUGGCACUGAGGAGUCCGGUGAGCGGAAUAGACUCUUCGCUAUCGGUUUUUGACACUUCGUCUUGAUUUCACAGAGAAGUCAGAGAAAAGGCGGGCAAAAAACGUACUCUCUCGCCCCAAAAGUUCCCCAUUUCUUCCCCGACAAAAAGGUUUUUCGCGUCUUUUUUUUUGGCGAAUUGGCAAUCUGUUCACUGGACCGUUUUAGAUUAUCUCAGUUUGACGUGCGGGGAUGAAUAUCAUUUUCUCAAUCUUUAAUCACCUUGACAUUGUUUUAGACACAUUUACUGGUCGAUUUUUGUGGACAUGUGGAAGACAGGUGCAUUCCAGACACAAACGAAAUUGGGCCGCCGCUUUGGCGGUUCUGGAGAUUCUGCGAACCCGACUUUAUAUUGCUUACGGGCCAUUUCAUGCGUUGCCGUUUUUGGAGAACUGCAAAUUUCAUCAAUUGAUCAUCAGCAAUGUUCAUCGAGGAAUGCGUAAGUAUUUUUGGUGUUUUUUUUUGUUUUUAGGCAUCUUCUGCGAUCUUUGCCUAUUUUGGAUGGUUUUUGAAAAUUUGGCAGCUCGCGUCCGACAAAUUCUUCAAAAAAUAUCGAUUUUGAAAACGUUUUGGUUUUUAAUUAGGCCAAACUGAAUGUAAGGCCAAAAGAGGUGUUGGAAAAAGUCUACAGUGAUUUACGAACGUAUUGGGCCAGAGGUGGUAUGAUUUUUUGAUGUUUUUUCUUUAAAUAUUUUUGUGUUUUUAGACCUCGAAGGCCUAGAUGAGGUCGCGGUGGAUGAGCUGACAUUCGAAGGAACCUCCGAUUUUCUCCGAUAUCUCCACGCACCACUUCCCGGCGUCAAAUCGCUUUCAUUUUGGCUGGGACCCUGGGACAGCAUGCCAAGAACCCCGUACAUGGAAGUGUUCCGACGAAUCCCUGAAUACUUUCCUGAUCUAGAAGUGGUCAAGAUGAAUGAUCGGUGCUUUUUGGACAGCUUUCAGCCAUCUCAUCGGAGAAUUGCAUGGAAAUGGGAUGAAGGAUACGAAGUGCUGAGAAGGAAUGUCCGGAAUCUUCAGAAUGUAUUCCAGUGUGUGAAAGGUGAGUUGAGAAAUGGUUUCUGAGGCUUGAUGGGGGUUGGGGGUAUUAUAGAUUUUUUUUCUUUUUUUUAGUUUGGCCUAUUUUUUGAUUGGCUGCAAAAAUGUUGGAUUUAUGAUCUCUGGUACUAAUAACUUUUAUUUUUGGAAAAAUAUUUUUAAAAAAUUUUCUGCACAGGGGCCGGGAUUCAGAGCCGGAGACCUUUUUAAAUUUUUCAUGGGAGCCGGGGCUGCAAAUUUGGCCUCGGCUCCGGCUCUGGGAGCUAAGAGCCGGAGCCGAAAUUUUGACCGUGGCAAUCUCUGCUUGGGACUAACUGACAGGGGAAGUAACCCAAGUCAGAUUUUGAUGAAACUUGGCACAAAUUCAGAUUAUUUUUUUUCUCAAAGGUAUGCGAGAAUCGUAGCUCGCGCCUGCAGAAACAACAGAGAUUUUUUGAUCGAGAGCUGGCGAAAAUUUUUCAUACCUAUUUCUACCGUAAAGGGUAAUUUCUAUACAAAAAUAAUUUUUUUUCCGCACAAAACUUGCGAAGUUAUGGCCAAAAGGUGUUUUUCUCUUUGACCGUUCUCCACGUUUUGUGUGCUCUCUCGGCGGCAAAUAUCGUUCAAUAUUACGGCGGCUCUUGCAAAACGCGAGCUAAAACUUUCAGGAAUUGAUUUUUAGUCCAUACCCAUAUGUGCAAAAUUUAAAGAAAAUCUGAGCACUUGGGGUAGUUCCCCUGUGAGAUUUUCGAUUUUUAUGUUGAUUGGGUGUUUAGACCUUUUUGAGUGAUAAAUCUGUAAGCCUUUUUUGUGAGAUUUGAACUUUCACGUCUAAAAUUUCUCUCGGCAAGCAUCACUGGUUUAAAUUUGGAAAAAAAACUAAUUAAUUGAUUUGAAGGAAAUGAUUGAAAAUGUGACGUGUGAAUGAAAUAAUAAAGCCUUUAUCCUAGUUUUAGUUCUUUGGUUUCAGAGGCCGCCAAAAUCAAGACCGAAAUCCAGGCCGCCAUCAGCUUAUGGAACAUUGAUCUGGACUACAAGGUUGGGAUCAUCCGUGAAGUUAUGGGCGAGCCGCAAAGGUCGCAGGGUGCCUUGAAACUGCAAUAUCAACUCGGCGAUGUCUCCGUUUUGUUUCAGAUAAUCGGAAUCACCAUCGUCACUGUCUGA